AUGUUUCCUAAACAACAAUGCCAAAAUGAAGAGAAUGGGACAGAUGUUGAAGAGGAUGAGAAUACUGAGAAAUGUAGUUCUGGAGUAAUUGUCGAGGAAAUAAAUUCUGAUCAUGAAAAAGAUCAAAAUCUAAAUGUGUCCGAAUUUAUGUCAUUGAAAUUAAGUGGAAAUGAAACUUUGGAUUUCAAAGAUUGUGGUACAUGGCCUGAAAAAAUAAUAGAUUCUCAAAGAACCCAUAUUGUUAGAAUGAGAAUGAACUAUAUUGAAAAAUUGAAUCUUACUCGUACUAAAUCUGAAAGAGAAGGGCGUUCUGUUAAUGUUUCUUGGUUUUUCAAAAAUUUUGUAAAUGGAAAUCAAUGUCGACGAACUUGGCUUAGCUAUUCCAAAUCAAAAAAUGCAUUAUUUUGUGUACCAUGCAAAUUGUUUUUAAAUUCAAACGACAAAAAUAUAUCAAAAUUAGCAUUAGAUGGGUUUAUUAAUUGGAAGAAAGUAUCAGAAAGAAUACCAGAACAUGAAAAUUCUAAUAUUCAUAAAAAGUAUUUUUGUUCAUGGAAAAUGCUUGAAAUGUCAAUUUGUGAAGGUAAAGGAAUUGAUAUAGAGUUACAAAAUGCAAUAAAAUUAGAAGAAAAUCAUUGGAGAUUAGUAUUGAAAACAAUAAUUGACAUAAUUAUGCAUCUAGCAAUGGAGAACAGUGCUUUUCGUGGAACUGACGAAAUUGUUUCUAAUAUAGGUAAAUCUAAUCAAAGUGGAAAAUUUUUAAAUUUGGUUUUUAAAAAAACUGGUGAGGCAAUAACAGAAGAUAUUUUGAGAAGCUUGUCUAAUCAUAGUAUUGAUUUAUCCUACUGUCGCGGUCAGUCAUAUGACAAUGGAGGUAUUAUGGCUGGGAAAUGGAAAGGUGUUCAAGCUAGGAUCAGUUCUAAAAACUCUUUGGCUAGGUUUAUUCCUUGUACGGCCCACAGUCUAAACUUAGUAGGCUUAUAUGCCGCUAAAUGUUCACCGGAAUUAGAAAAAUUCUUUGGUAUUGUUCAAAAAUUGUUCAAUUUUUUCUCUAGUUCUACUCAGAGAUGGGAUAUUCUUAAAGAACAUCUUAAAUGUUCAUUGAAAGGUUACAGUACGACCAGAUGGUCUGCAAAGCAACGCGCAGUUAAAUCAUUAUAUUUGCAGUUAGCCCAAGUUAUUCAUGCCUAUAUAUCUCAACACUUAAAAGGUCUGAUACAUUUUAUUGAGAAAUUUAGGGAAGAAGGUAUUGAAGAAGCACUUGAUGAAUCAAAACAAAAAUCAUCUGAACUAUCAAUAGAACCGGUAUUUCCAUCGAUUCUAGCUAGAAAAAAGAAAAAAAUGCCUGGUGAAUUAGCGGAGGACGAAUCAUCAAAAUUAUCCGAAGAAAAUAAAUUUAAAAUUUUAAUGAAAAACGUCUGUGAUAGAAUCUUGAACGGUUUAAAAGAAAGAUUUGAUUCCAUUGAUGAAGCUAGUUGGAUAGAUUUACUCAACAUGUAA